AUGGACGCUCCCAACGAGGGCACGGCGCGCGGAGGACAGCGCGGAUGGUCGCGUAACCGUCGCGGGAAUCGCACACAGCCCCACAAUGACCGCCGGAACUAUUCCGAUCAGAACACGUACGAGCCAUCGCCAGCAGAACAGGCGCGUUGGCACGCGGAGGCCGCUGUGCAGCGCACACAGCAGUCACUUUUCCAGAUGGGCGAUGCGGAUAUGUUUGAUUCUGUUGUAGAACUACCGAAAAUUGCGUACUGGCUCGAGGCGCAGGCAGCAGAGUCUCCCGCGGCCGUCUUUUUCGCAUUCCGCGUGAUGGCCACGGAGCAGCCGCACAAGACACCGCUGAUUGCUGCGCUGCUGGGCCAAAUGGUACUUUCUCCGAGCAAUUUACUUCAGGACGGAGACAUCGAUACGAGUGUCAAGUCCCUUGGCAUGCGCAUUGUCGAUGACUUGAUGCCUGCGUUUACGGACGCUUUGGAAGCGCACUAUUGGCGAAAUGCGCGCCUCUUGUUGCACCUUUUUACCGCGCUGGUUCCGCUUGGAAUUGUCGAAGCGCAAUGCGUGCGCUCCGCACUGCAGGCGUUUGCAGCUGUGCUCGAGAGCGGUGCUGAUAUCAGUACAAAAGACGCUAUUUCUGUGUGCAUUAUGGAGACGCUGUGUCGUGGCGGCACGGACCUAUACGAGAAUGCAUCGGCCAAGGAGCCUCUUGAUGCGCUUGUCGAGGCGGUGAGCAGCUAUGCACACGGCCGGCCCAAGGACAGCGCGCUGUGCUCGCCAUUUGCACUGGAAAAGCGGACUGAUGAUUACGACUAUCUCGCCGUCGAGGGUUUGACGGAGCAGGUCGCUGCGUUGCAAGUAUUGCAGGAGCGUGAGUACAAACGUCCCGCAUUCCUCCCCACGCCCCUUGAUCUUCUCCCGCCCUCGACUUCGCCCACCGCAACGGUCGUACCGCUCGAUCAAAGGCGCGUAAAGAUCCCACACGUUGACAUCCCUUUGGAACGCAGCACAGCACACGACACAGAAGAUGGCCUGCAGGAUACAGAGAAACCCGACACUGGAAAGGGCGUCUCUGAGGUGGUGCGCAACCGAGUAGGGCCCAAGUACCAGGGCGUGUAUGGACGUUGGUUUGGCGAGGCUGUGCCGUUGGUCGGCUCCCCUGGCAGCAUCGUGCUUCGAGCGUUGGUCCAGGAUAUUGUCGACUUGUACGUUGCGAACCGCAAAGAAUGUGCGCAGACGCUGCUCGCGCUUCCAUUGUGGCUCCGCCGUGGCACGUUUGGUGGCAAUGUACCGCCAUUCAACGGCAUAUUUGGCGACGAGGACGCGUCCUGGGCCAGCACACCUCUCCCCGAGGGUCAAUGGAGUCUUGAAGAUUUUCUCGUGGAAACUGUGCUUUCCAUCACGCUGCUCUCACCACGCCCUCCUCAGAAUGAGCUGUACUAUUCGUCUUUGCUGCGCGAAAUUGUGUCUGCAGCGCCGCAGCAAGUAGCACCUUCGCUGGGCCGGACAGUGCGCCGGCUAUACACAGCGUCUGCAGCGUGUUGUGUCCAUGGAGAGACGCUGCGCCGUCUUGCCGACUGGUUCAGCGUACAUCUGAGCAACUUUAAUUUCACCUGGGCGUGGUCAGAAUGGAUCCCUGAUGCAGACCUUGUUUGGACACACGCACGGCGUGCAUUUGCACGGCGCGUCUGCGAGCUCGAAGUGCGCCUUGCAUACUAUGACCGAAUCAAGAACACGGUCCCCGAGGAGCUCCAGGCGAGUCUGCUCCCACCCGAGGAGCCUGCUCCGAUCUUUGCCUAUGCACCGACAACGCAUCCCUAUCAUACACGCGCUAUGCAACUGCUCAACUCGUUCAAAGCAAAGGCGAGCUUGCAAGUUGUGCAAGCCGAUCUACAGAGCUUUCACCAGAGUAUCCUCGCGCCACCCUCCGACGUGCUUGACGCCGACGACGAGGCGCAAGGACUCAUUUCAAAUGUUACUACCGUCGAGUCGAUUGUACGCGACAUUGCCAUGCAGACGCUUUUGUUUGCAGGGAGCCGCAGCUUUUCGCACUUGCUCAAUAUGAUUGAGCGCUACCACGAGCUCCUGCGCUCCCUGUCUCAAGUGCCGCAGAACCGCCUGGAAAUGCUGGGAAGCACGGCGCGGUUCUGGGCUCGCUCGCCGCAAUGGGUACUUAUUGUCAUCGACAAGCUGCUGCAGUACCGCAUUGUUGAGCCUGUGGAUGUCGUGCAGUUUGUGUUCGAGACGCCUGCACCGAUCCCACGCGUGAUGGAACGCGAUAGUGGCGACCAAGUGUCGUUUUCCUUCUCUGCAGACGCUACCCCAUUGGGCGGCACGUAUCGCGAUUGGAGCUCGUGCAAUUGGUGGUCGGUCAUUUGCCUGACUGUGGACAAGGUCAUUGGGCGUGUCGACCAACUCGAGGCGCGUCUUGCGAUGCUGCUCAAAGAGGAGGCGCACGAUGCACAGAUGGUCAACGAUCCGAGCAGUUUGCCCUCGCGCGAAGACAAAUAUCCACUCUUUGAGCAAGGGCCAGCGCCGCAGGCGAAUACAGCGACGAGCGACGAAGCCAAGGUCCACUUGGACGCCAUGCGCAUGGAACAGCGCCGCGUUUUGGUCACGAUCGUGUCCUCAUUUGCAAAGCUGCUUGCAUCCUCCCGUGCUUGGGAGGUAGAGCCACACGACGCACACAGCUGGCAGGCCUGGUGGAUUAAGGAAUGGUUCCGCGAAUUUGCAGCCAAGUAUCACUCGAUUUUGGCGACGAACCGUGAGACGGUGCUUGCCAAUGUAUUUGCACUGGCGCCGCCAGAGGAUCCUACUUUGCAGCUUUUUGAGGCUGUGUGUUCUAUGCCGUAG